AUGGAAUCGGGCUCUAGAUGGAAGGCAACAGCCUUGCUAACUUGGCUUUUAGCCGCGGAACCAGUCAAUUGUCUGCCGCGUGUCGGAACUGCAGUGGAGGGUAUACUGCUGGGAACUGCGACAGAGCCUGAGACGGCUUAUAGAACCCAAUAUCCACCUGCAAACGAGGAGGAUAGGUUUUUUAUUCCGGAGUCACACCCUGAAUAUCGCGUGGCUUUGGAGACAGACGGCCGUCCACCACAGCCUCCAUUCCCCCAGUUUCAACUCGAAAAGUUUGUUCACGGGUUGAACGACUUGCUAGGUGUACCAGAACCUGCUACGACUUUGGUACCAACAGCUGCAGCAGAACCUGCUUCUGUCCCAACGGCCACUUCGCAGAAGCAGUCUCAAGCUCUGGCACUCCCUGUUCCAACUGUUGAAACUACUACAGAGGUACCAAAAGCUGAACAAGCUGCGACUUCGGUAGCACAAACCGUUCCAACAAAUCCUGUUCCCACAAUCUCUCCUCCAACUGAACCGGAUCAUCCUAAAAGUAUGAAUGGUCAGGAUAUUUUCGGGCCUGUUGCGACAGGAGCUGUUCCUGCCAAUAUCAAGUCUAGACAUGAUCACCCUGUGCAGAACAAGCAUGCCAACACCACUGGUCCAAUUGAGACCAACAAGUUCUAUGCCGGGCUCUUCCUGGGUACUCAGACCAAUGCUUCUUUCACGCAACCCUACUCCCUGGCAUGGUCCAAGGGCAGUGGCUCCUUAAAGAGCUGGGGUAUGGGAAUUUCUCAUGUCCAGCCCCACAUGCUUGCCUACGGUCCUAAGAACGAUAAGAUUCCUGGAGAGCCUGUGUCAUACUACAUCAAUCCAGUUGGACUUCAACACCUGAUUCUCUCGGCAACCGAGCUCGAUGAGUCCAGUGUCUUGGACACCGAGGAUCCUAAGGCUUUCUCCGCUCAUGCUGUCCUGAAACGCUCUGGAGGCUCAGCCCAACAGAUUACUUUCCCCAUUGUGCAGGGCAUGGGCUACACCACUGCCAUCUACAAUGACCUGCAGCCUCUGAUCGAGAGUGGUGUUUUCUUCCGCAAGGUUGUUAGCGCUGGUUCGCCACGCCAGGGUAUCUUCAAGUACAAUAUUGAUCUUGAAGAUGACACUACAUGGCUCAUGUAUGCCACUCCUACCGAUGACAAAGACCCCAAGUUCGAGCUGGUCUCGAAGUCCAACCUUCGUGGUCCCCACGGAUUUUCUGGUACCAUCCAGCUAGCCAAGAACCCGGCUGGUAAGUCUGGCGAGAAGUUCUACGACAACUCUGCUGGUGUGUACCCUGUUUCCGGAGAGGUUUCUGGCUCUGUCAGUGCCGAUGUAGGUAGCUACAGCCUGUCCUGGACCAAGGCCGGAAAGGAUGUCGAGGGAACUCCUCUGCUCAUGUUCGCUCUGCCCCAUCACGUCCACUCCUUCGAUAACGCUACUCAGGGCCGUGCCACGAAUAUCCACCUCCGCAGCACGACAAAAGGCAACACUACCGCUGUUAUCGGAGAAAGCUGGACUAUGACCGAGCCGAACCUCCCUAUUGAUAUGAGCUUCGCCCCUUGGACAACCACCCAUGGUAGUGUGCACAACCUCUCAGACACCGCCCAACGCGCCAUUCUCAAGGCCGCUCCCCACGAACUGAAGCAGAACAUCUCCGAGCAAACGGACCUCAACAGCAUGUACUAUAGCGGCAAAGCACUGAGCAAGUUUGCAACUCUGGUUUACACCGUCAACCAGCUCGGCAACAACGUCGACCUAGCCGCAGACGCCUUUCAAGAAGUAAAGAAAGCCUUCGCCCGCUUUGUAGACAACAAGCAGCAAUACCCACUCGCCUACGACACCGUCUGGAAGGGGGUCGUGUCAACAGCCGGGUACGACGGUGACCUGAACCAAGAUUUCGGAAACACAGCAUACAAUGACCACCACUUCCACUACGGCUAUUUCAUCCAAGCAGCCGCCAUCAUCGGUGCUCUUGACCCCAACUGGCUGGCAGAGAACAAGGAAUGGGUCAACAUGCUCGUCCGUGAUGCCAGUAAUUCGGUCGACAACGACCCUCACUUCCCAUUCUCGCGUUCAUUCGAUUGGUACAAUGGUCACUCAUGGGCUAAGGGUCUCUUCGAAUCUUACGAUGGGAAGGAUCAGGAAUCUACCUCUGAGGAUACCAUGUUCGCGUAUGCUAUCAAGAUGUGGGGACAGACUACAGGUGACGCAAGUAUGGAAGCGCGUGGUAACAUGAUGCUGGGCAUUUUGGGUCGCUCGCUUAACAACUAUUUCCUCAUGGAAGAUGAUAAUGUGAACCAGCCAGCGAACUUUGUCAAGAACAAGGUUACUGGAAUUCUAUUCGAGAACAAAGUUGACCACACCACCUAUUUCGGAGCAAACCUGGAAUUCAUCCAAGGUAUCCACAUGCUCCCAUUGAUGCCACACACCCCCUUCACUCGCCGCAAGGAGUUCGUUCGCCAAGAAUGGAACGCUAUGUUCUCAGCAAACGCCUCCACACCCGCCGAUAAGGUCGAGGGCGGAUGGAAGGGCGUCCUAUACGCCAACCUGGCGCUUGUCGAUCCCAAGGCCUCCUGGGAAUUCUUUACCCAGCCGGAGUUCGACUACAGUUGGAUCGAUGGUGGUGCCACGCGUACUUGGUAUUUGGCCUUCGCUGCUGGUCUUGGUGGUGCGCCUUGA